AUGUUGGAAUACAGGCGAAGCAAGCAAGCCCGAGAGCUGUUAAAGGGCUGCGCAUACUCGUAUGGAUUGAGGGAUCUAGGCCAAACACGUGCUGAUACCGCUGGAUUCUACUCUGAUGACGAACAGGUCAUCUCAACGAGCUCUGCAUGCAGAAGAUUCCUGCUUCAAAGUUUGGCAGCCCCGUUUUCCAGUGUCAAGAAUGCAUUCAUGCGAUAUGAUGGCACUCGCAUGAGACAGCCAGAAAAUGUUGAUGGCGCGACGUGCAUUCUGCGGUGGGCGAACACCCAAAAGCAAAAUGUCAAGCCACGAUGCUCUGUGACGGCGGCAUCGCCACUACUACUGUGGUCCCGACUCCGACCACGCACGGUCAUCAAACGACACAAGAGCCAGGAAGAUGCUGUCGCGGCUAUGGGGAAGGUGGAUUGUGGGUUGAAUGAUGCCUGCUGUGUCAUGGCCAGAACUCCGGAUUUUGGUUCCUGCAUGCCUACCGUGAACCUGGUAUGUCCAAGUCUAUGUGAAGACCAAACAGGGAAGCCUUUUGUGAUAUCGGCCCGUAUGCACGAAAACGAUGGAUGGAGCGGCACAUUUGACGAUCAAGACAUCUACAAUUGUCGGAUGGUAUUUGGCCCGAGGAAACUUGCCGCAAAACUGAUCAUAAAUGUCGAGCAGAAGCAAAUCUCGCUUAUUGGAGCAGGUCUGGUUCUUGUCAGACUCGAGGCCCGAGGCGCCGUGGUGGCACCAAACCAGCUGUACCACAGGAGAGGGUGCCGUGAAAGUGUUCCAAAUUGCACGGAACAGCACCAGAAUACUUACACGACAGAGGACACCAAGUCCAUCACGCACGAUGGGAGUCGUGUCCUCCCCAAUCCCCCCUUAGACGUGCUGCUUUUGGCGGUGGAUGUCGAGAGUCGAGAACAGUGUCAGGAAUCCAGGCCGGCGGUGUCCUGUCGGCCGGCAGUGCUGGCGUCUGAUCCAUCUGCUCCCCCCUUCUUCCUUGCUGAGAAGCUUUUCCGUCUUUCUCACCUUAACCACCACUUCAUACACACAUCGACAUCGCAUCGGCCUCUCACAUCACCAUCGAUCGCGCGAGACAAGCUCGGCGAUUUCCCUCGCGCGCAGUAUGACUCCUGGCUGAUGAAGGGGGCUAGCAUUUCCCCGAUGAAAUGUAAUAAGGUGUGGCCUGCCAACCAACGCGAGCGGCGAGCGCGUGCUGCGAUACGCAUUCCCGAGGCGUGGCACGCUGCGUGGGAACACUGGACCGUCGACCCGCCAAGCCCGCAGCCGCCACGCAGAUCAUCAAGGCUGCGGCAGCUCUGCAGGCGAUGUUCCGAGAGGAAUACUGUCUCCCGUUCGCAACCAGAAACAGCGUCUGGCGGUGAGAUGUGCUGGCAUAGCGCGGCAUCCCACGGCACCAACCCGAUUGGCGACCACGCCUUUCCCGUGUUUCCUGAUCCCAGGGGAACGCCUCUGCGCAUCAUUCCUCCUAUCGACUCUCCUUUCUGUCACCCCACAACGCUGACACACGACGUUGCACGUUCACAAUCCGAUCAGGUAUAUAUUCUGGCCAGCCCUACACACCGACGCCUGGAAAUCCCUUUCUCCACAACCCCCGACAACUCAAGACCUUCAAGUUGCCUUCAAGUCAUUCACAACACCCUCACACAAACCUCAACCACCUCAUCCUCAGCAAUGACGGACACCAUGCCCAUGCCUUCCGGUGUACAAAUCCCCCGCAACGACUCCUUCUCGGCGGAGGAUUUCACCAGAGCCUUCAAGGCCUCAGCAACCAAGCCACGCAAUGACCUCUCAUUACGCAUCGCUCCAUCAAGGGACGAACCCUCCGUGCCACCGCCCUCGCCGCGGACAUCAAGACCCUCAGAUCUGUCUCACAAGCUGGUCUUGGUUGACAUCAUCAUAAGCGACUUCAUUCAUCAGCGUCCAGCGAUGCCUCUUGAUCACGAAUAA